AUGCAUGUCUCCUUGGUCUACCUUGGGAUACAGAUUCACCCCUGCACCAGCAAGGCUGAGUCAGGGUGUGGGGCUCUGAUUGGCUGGGCAGAGUCACGGACCUGGAAUCAGGAAGCUAAGGCCAGCCCCACCUUAAUCGGUCGGUGGCAGAUUUCCCCAAAGAAGUCAAGACGUGCUACCAAAGAGAAAGGGGAAUGGAUACUAGGCAUCGAAAAUCAGCAGAACUCUUACGGGCACGUGGUGGAGGAGCGGAGGGAGGCUGGGCAGACUUUAUACCAACCGUUCCUGCCUCCGGGGCCCAGCAUUCUAACAACUUCCCACCCUCCGAGGCAGUCAUACAAAGCAGAGCCGAUUCCUCCGGGAGCCGAGAGAAGUGCAUCAGCAGCUUUAGCUCUGCCAUUCCCUUACACGUAUUUAACCUCCUGGACGCAAGAAUUCAAUCUGGCUUGUCUGCCUCUCCCCACGGACCUCAGAAUCCAGCCGGAGCCAGUACGUCACACUUCCUGCAGCAGCCCGAGGGUCAGGAGUUCAGCCAUUGAGCCAUUGCCUGGGGAGCGGGGGGUCUUAAUAAGCAUUACAUCCUCCCCCAAAGCUCCAACAGCUGUGUUUCCCGCUCGGAAGGAAAGAGACCAAAUAAAGCAGCAGGACGAAUUACGUGUGCAGAAAAGCGCAGCGUGGGAUUCCGAGUCCAAAGUGUUACUAGGUUUCGGGGGGCGAAAAGAGGUCUCCAGCAAAAUAUUUCAAAAUCCAGAUUCAAGAGAGGCAACUCACAACUUAAAGGUAAGGCCUCAGACAGCAGGGGGCCUUGAACCUCAAAAGACUCUUGGAUAUCCAUGGCCCCCGCCUGCACUGACACCCUCCAGACCCGGCAGGCCCCUAUAUGAACGGCAGCCCCUGUAGCCCUGAGCCUCUUGGUGACUGUCCCAGGGACAGGUGUCCUAGACCUGACCACCCAGUGGCCUGCACCUGCCAAGGCAAAUCCAAGCACUUCACAGCUGGGCUCUUCGGGCUGCCACACGGCGCCCCUCCCUCCUAGCUGCUCCAGCUCCUCACUCUUCUCCCAGCACCAGCAAGGCACCUCCCUUCUGCACCACAUCCAUUCCCCCACUCCCACCUCAGGGCCUUUGCUCAUGCUGCCCCCUAGCCCAGAACGCUAGGAUUCUCAUCUCCCUAGUCAAUCCUCCCCCGUUUCUAAGCCCCACUUGCUCCAAGAAGCCUUCCUAAACCCCUUUAUUUUACCUGAUGGCCAGUAUCCACUGUCCAUAUCACAGCUUGAAACCCAUGGUCAUGUUCUGUAAUUUACAUCCAUUCACCUGAUUCAAUAAAAUACAC